AUGAAAGCAGCCCUUUGCGGGUCUUUUGCCUCCCUCAUCAUGGCCAUCCUCGCCCCUCCAACGCCUGUGCAUAGCGUACGAGGAUAUUCGGACUUCUUCACAUCGGGCUUGCGUGCAGUCACAAGCCAUGUUUCUCGUCCGUAUUCGGUCUCAAGCUCCCUGAGAGUUUUGGACGCCACACGCGCCACUGAGGACCCACCUCAGUACGCAGGCACUCUCCAUGGACGCGCUCAACGUCGAGCGCGUCCCACGUCAAUGAUCGUGUCGAAGUCUAACCAGUCAUGUGAAAAUUCCCGAGGACGGCGAUCAUCCAUCAUUGCAUUUUCCUCCCGGCUACUCGACCGCAUGAUACUUGCAUCCGCCGACGAAAAUGCAGAUGUUUCCGCCGGUCGUCGAAGAAGCAAGAGAUCUUCGCGACCAUUAGAAGAUUCCAAUUCACAGGUACCACAGGAUUGGAUUACUACCGGGGGUCCCUUCACGCCUUCGUCCCCCAACGGGCGGCCUGAUGAAUACGUCCCACUGAACACCGAUCCCUUCACAUCCUCCCCCGAUUCCAAGUCUUUCUUCAUUGAUCUCUCGGAUAGCUCCCUGUCUCACACACCAAAACGGGAGUCAUUCCUGUCGUUGAGUGGUUCAUCCCCAGAUCGCUCACUUCUACACGUUUCCCGGCGCGAGCGUCCAGCAUCUAUCCAGACGAUGCCUGUACUAUCCCGCUCCCGACGAUCCUCCCUGCAAUAUCGUCCUAUCAGCCAAGAUAAGCCCAACUUCUUCUGGACACUAGAAGAAGAGCCUCCAAUCCUGGCAGCGGAGCCCCUUGUUGAGGACCAUGAAGAUCGCGAUGAUCUCGCUAGGUUUGACUGGCGUCAAUUCCAUGUCGAUUUGAUAUCGGACAACCUUUAA